AUGUCCCUCGAUAAUGUCAAGCACAUCGUGCUCGUCCUCUCUGGCAAAGGCGGCGUCGGCAAAUCCUCCAUAACGACCCAACUUGCCCUCUCUCUCUCCCUCGCCGGCCACUCCGUUGGCAUCCUAGACAUCGACCUGACAGGCCCCUCUAUACCUCGCCUGCUGGGUCUCGAAAGUGCAAAGAUUACCCAGGCACCAGGUGGCUGGCUGCCGUGCGAAGUUCACUCCUCGCAAACUCUUCCUCCCAUAGCCACUCCUAUUCUGUCGCAAGUCCAGAACGGAGCCUCGGGUUCUGCGCCCUCGACGAAUGAGGCCAAAUUGAAUGGCCAUGGCCCACCACCACCACCACCACCACCAAACGCAGGCGUGCAAACAGAGGAGAGCAAUAUGAUAGGAUCCCUACACGCCAUAUCGCUCGCCCUCCUCCUCCCCUCCCGCUCCUCCGCCAUCGUCUGGCGCGGUCCCAAGAAAACAGCCAUGGUCCGCCAAUUCCUCACCGACGUCCUCUGGCCACCAACCGACUACCUCCUAAUUGAUACCCCACCCGGCACAUCGGACGAACACAUCUCCCUCGCCGAAACCCUGCAAUCGAAAUCCCUCCCCGGCCAACUCGCGGGCGCGGUCAUCGUGACAACACCGCAAGCCGUGGCGAUCAGUGAUGUGAGGAAGGAAGUCAAUUUUUGUCGGAAGGUGGGGGUGGAGGUUCUGGGGGUUGUGGAGAAUAUGAGCGGGUAUGUGUGCGAGUGUUGUGGGGAGAGGGCGAAUCUGUUCGGGAAAGGGGGUGGGGAGGUUAUGGCGGGGAGCUUUGAGGUGCCAUUUUUGGGGGGCGUGCCGGUGGACAGGCAGUGGGGCGUUUUGGUGGAGGAGGGGAGGAGGCCGGGGUACGGGGUUGUUGAGAAUAGUGAGGAGGGGCAAGAGGAAGGGGAGGAGGAGAAAGAAGGGGAGGGUGAGGGUGAAGAGGGUAGGGCGAAAUCAGGGGCCCUGGAGAUCGAUAAGGAUAGCAGGGAAGAAGGGCUGCUGGUUGAUAGAUACAGGAGUUGCUCACUUUGUGGGGUUUUUGAGGGCAUUACGAAACAGCUGAUCGACAUUGUGAGAGGGAGGAGCAACGGAGCCGUCUGA